CCAGCCCUCUCAAUCCUCAUCGAUCCUCACUGUCCGUCCGUGCACUAAGCGGUCACGCGUCUCCCUUCGCACACAAACGGCUCAGAGAUUCAUUAACGCCGGGAUCGGGCGCACUUAGGUGCUGUUAAAUGGUCGAGUCAGGACCAAGACCGUCAAGAAGGCCUCCAGGGUCAUCAUCGAGAAAUACUACAUGCGCCUGGGCAGCGACUUCCACACCAACAAGAGGGUGUGCGAGGAGAUCGCCAUCAUCCCCAGCAAGCCUCUGCGGAACAAAAUUGCAGGGUAUGUCACACACCUGAUGAAGCGCAUUCAGCGCGGUCCAGUCAGAGGAAUCUCCAUCAAGCUGCAGGAGGAGGAGAGAGAGAGGAGAGACAACUACGUCCCAGAGAUUUCUGCUCUGGACCAGGAGCUCAUCGAAGUGGAUCCCGACACCAAGGAAAUGCUCAAGAUGCUGGACUUCGGUGGUCUUUCCAACCUUCAAGUCACUCAGCCAACGAUUGGAAUGAACUUCAAAACGCCACGAGGACUUUAAAUCAUGUGGAAUUAUCUUCUUAAUAAAGACACAUAAUUAUUAA